UUUGAAUUAUACACAUAACCUCAUAAUUAGAAUCAUAGCCGCCUUACAUGUAAAAUUCUUUCAAAAUGUUUAAACAAACAAAUGUAUAAUAUUCAAAAUAUUAUUUUCAACACCCUAAGACUAUUCAUCUCCUGAGGGUGGUCGCAGUUUUUCAUUUACAUGGUUUAGAGCCCCUCUUUGGCCAUCUUACUUAUAAAUUUAACCCCAUUCAAGUUUCGAUCACAGUGCGACGGUUGUCUUGCACUCCGCGCCUCGAGCUUUCCUGCUCCGCCUGCGACCAGUGUGCUGCAGGUAACCGCACCGCCAAGAACACGCGGUCGUUCCUGCAAUCGACGCGCCGGGCAUCUCUUCACUCUGGGCUCCACUCGUGCUACUGGGUCAAGUGAACUGUGUUCUGGACUGUUCCUUUUCGUUCUUAUUAUUAUUAUUUUUUUAAAUUUAUUUAUUUACUUACGAUCUUUGAACUGGCCCGCCCUCGGGUUACCGUUUUUUGGGAUUGAAUGUGUGGUGGGUUGUUUUUUCUUGUGACAGUUUACGCGCCGGUUUUGGAUUAGUUUUGUUCAGGUGGAGUAAAGCACCAUAAAAAAAAUAUGUAAAACAAUGGCAACGACCGACAGCGGGACCGAAACGUUGUUCUCGGAUGACUCGCCCUGCGACCUGAGGACGGUCCGUUCGCCGAGCGUCUGUUCCGGCGACGAGACCGAAGUGCCCGCCGACGAUGGCAGCCAAACGGCCGGCCCCCAACCCCCUAACAUCCAGCCGUACAGCGGGGUGCUCGAAAAGGGGAAGUUCGUCAUCCGUCCCAUAGCGUUCAAACCAUCGCCGUCAAAUGUGAGUGAAAGGACGCGAUCCAGAACGGGAACGAUGACACCUUCGACCGCCCCCUCGAGAUUCGGACUGUCGGGUGGCGAGCGCUACGGUUCCACCCCCAUACUCACCCGACCCGGAUCCAGAUUGACACUAUAUGGCAGUACAAACGAUCUUCAUCAGGUGCACAGAGAAACCGCGAAUUAUUCGCUGGAUAGAAAAUUGCGGUCGUUGUGUCCAUCCGUUUCAUCAUCACCUCCGCUCGCAAUGAGCUCUUUAACGUCGCUUCCCCACAAACUAAUUAACUACGAUAGUUUAGAAAGUGUCAGGAAAUCACCCAAUUCUAUUGCUGACAGCUCAAUAGGAAAUAAAGCGGCGUACAGACUUUUGACGGGCGGUACGGGAAGCCUCCAGGACCUAACCCCGUCACCAAGUGAUUCCGGAGUGUCGGAACUCGAAGCUGCCCUCAGAGACCGCGACUCGGAACUGGCCUACCUCAGACAGACCAUGGAGCACAACGAGCAGGUCAUUUUCCGCGUGUAUCAGGAAAAAGAAAAAGUAUGGGAGAGAGAAUUACGACGGCUCAAACAAGUCCACGAAACACGAUUAAGAUCCAGUGCCCAGAAGAUAAUGAAGCUGGAGCAGAUGCUAAUGAUGCAAACGUAUCAGUUGCAACAGGAGAAGAAACGGCUGAACGGCGAGGUACACAAGGAAAAAUGUCAGAGCGAUCGGUUGCGGCACGAAGUCGAGGCUUUGAGGGGCCGAUUGGAGGAGACGGAAUGGGGACUGUGCCAAAAGACGGGGGAGAUUUCGUUGCUCAAAACCCAGCUCAAAGAAUGCCAAAAUGAACAGACGACGAAGUGUCAGGAGAUCCUUCAGCUGCGCACGGAGAACCGCGAGCUACGCGAACAAUUGGAGCGCCGCGACGCCGACAUGGCCGAACUACGCCAAGAGACCUCCACGAAAACCGAGGAGAUACGUUGUCUGCACGCGGAACUCGACCGCUUGCACUGUGAUCCGGACGUGGAUCAGAACGAGAGACUAAAAGCCGAAAUACGCGAGCUCCGCGAAGAACUCAGCGACAUGUCGUUGAACGAGUAUGGGAACAUCGAGCCGGGACGCAGGACGCAGAAUUCGUGCGCGGACAGUUUGGAGGACGUGGAGAUCAGGAGGUUGAACGGCACGUCAGCGGAGGAAUCUUGCUGUUCGGAGGCCGACAAGCUCAGGGAGGAGAUGGACGUUAAGGCGAAAUACUUUGAGAAGGAACGGAUCGUUUGGGCACAGGAAAAAGAGAAAGUGCUAAGAUAUCAAAGACAGUUGCAAAUGAACUACGUGCAAAUGUACAGACGUACUAGGGCACUGGAAAAAGAAAUUGAAAACUUGACAAUCGAACUGGAGCUGGACAAGGCAAACGUAGAAAAGAAAUUGUCGUCGUUGGAUCUGACUCAAACAAUCGAAUUAUGAUCUACAAUCAUCAUUUAAGCGUCAACAACGAUCGGUUUUUCCCCUGUAGAUUAAUUUCUAUAGUUUGGGUUAAAAGUGAUUGAGAAUUUGCAGUUUAUUCGUCCGCGUUUCUACGUUUUAUUAUAUAUUUGUACCUAAAUUUUUGUUGUAUUUUACUUUGGUAUUUGGACGGUACUUUUACGGAUUAAAAAUGUGAUUUUUCAGUUUUAAUUUAUUUGAUGCGUGUUGUUUUUUCUGUGUAAAUAGUUGCAGCCUUGUGGCAUUCAUAUAAUUUAUGUUUUAUUCGACGUAACAUAACUUUUACCAAUAUUCCUUUUAGACUUAGCGUAAUUUUAACAUGUAUAUAACAGAA